UUUGUUACCUUGCGCUGACGAGUCCCGUUCAGAAUCAAUCCGCAGUAAGGUGCCAAAACUGGCCAACGUCGCGUGUGCCCACUCGGGGAAAAGUGAAUUCCUAAAGGUUACUGUUCAAUAAGGGUUCAUCAAAACCAAAAACGAAAAAAAUCGGUGUGUUUUGGGCUCACCGGAGAUAGUUUCAACCUUAAUUACCAAAAAAAAACAAACGCAUCCAAACUACUUGAAAAAAUGGAUAUCAUGGACGUGGCAAAGCACGACGACAUAGCAGAAUUUCGGAGGCUAUUCACACCGGAUCUUUACGAACAAAUCGAUACAAAUAAAGAUGGUUUCAUUGAGCUGAAGGAACUGAAGGAUGCUCUGGAUCAGGUGGGUUUCAAAUUGCCAGGCUACCAGGUACGAUUGAUGAUCGAUGAGUACAGCAAUAAGCAACGGUCGCAACAUUUGGGCAAACUAUCCUACGAUGAGUUUGAGGCGCUCUGUCUGGACCUCAAGGCCAAAGACGUGGCCAGCACGUUCAAAACCGUCGUUUCGAAGAAGGAAAACCUGGAAACCCUCGGAGGGAUGUCCGAUUCUUCGGCAGUCGGGACGACCCAUUCGGUACGCAUCGAAGAACAGCUCGCCUUCAGUGAUUGGAUCAACUCCAAUCUGGCGCACGAUCAGGACUUGAAUCAUCUGCUUCCGUUGGAUGCGGAGGGUAAACAGUUGUACGACAAAAUCAAGGAUGGUAUUCUGCUGUGCAAAAUUAUCAACCAUUCUUGUCCGGAUACGAUCGACGAACGAGCCAUCAACAAAAAGAACCUUACAGUCUACACCAAGUUCGAAAAUUUGACCCUCGCGCUGGUGUCGUCGCAGGCCAUUGGAUGUAACAUUGUAAAUAUCGAUGCCCAUGAUUUGGCCAAGGGAAAACCACAUCUGGUGCUAGGUCUCCUAUGGCAAAUCAUCCGAAUCGGUCUUUUUAGUCAUAUUACACUGGACAGCUGUCCAGGACUUGCCGCACUUCUAGCCGAUGGUGAACAAGUGGAGGACCUGCUGAAACUUUCGCCCGAGGCAAUCCUGCUUCGUUGGGUCAAUCAUCAUCUGGAGCGUGCUGGGGUCGCUCGCCGUUGCACCAACUUCCAGUCCGAUAUAUCCGAUUCCGAAGUGUACAGCUAUCUGUUGAAUCAGAUUGCUCCCAAAGAUGCUGGCGUUUCACUGGAAGCUCUCCGAGAACCGAAUGCUCUUAACCGUGCCGAGAUGAUGCUGCAGCAGGCGGCUAAGCUGAACUGCCGCUCGUUCGUUACCCCCCAGGAUGUGGUCAACGGCGUGUACAAGCUGAAUUUGGCAUUUGUUGCUAACCUGUUCAACAACCAUCCGGGCCUGGACCAACCGGACGAAAUCGAGGGUCUGGAAGCGAUCGAAGAAACGCGUGAAGAAAAGACUUACCGCAACUGGAUGAACUCGAUGGGCGUGAAGCCGCACGUCAACUGGCUCUACUCGGAUCUGGCCGAUGGGUUGGUCAUCUUCCAGCUGUUCGACAUCAUCCAACCGGGCAUCGUGAACUGGAAAAAGGUGCACCAAAAGUUCACGCCGUUGCGCAAGUUCAUGGAAAAGCUGGAAAACUGCAACUACGCUGUGGAACUGGGCAAGCAGCUGAAGUUCUCCCUCGUUGGAAUUGCCGGACAAGAUUUGAGCGACGGCAACGCGACACUGACGCUGGCACUGAUCUGGCAGCUGAUGCGUGCCUACACUCUGUCGAUUUUGUCCCGAUUGGCAAAUACCGGAAAUCCAAUAAUCGAGAAGGAAAUCGUGCAGUGGGUUAACACGAAGCUGAAGAAUGCCGGCAAGACUACCAGUUUGAAGAGCUUCCAGGAUUCGGCUAUUGCCGAUGGUAAGAUUGUGAUCGAUCUGAUCGAUUCGAUCAAACCGGGCAGCAUCAACUAUGACAACGUGAAGGAUGGAGGAAAUGCAGAGGAAAAUCUGGAGAAUGCCAAAUACGCGGUCUCUAUGGCACGUAAGAUCGGUGCCCGGGUGUACGCCCUACCGGAGGACAUAGCUGAGGUGAAGCCGAAGAUGAUUAUGACCGUGUUUGCCUGCCUGAUGGCCAUGGACUACGUCCCGAACAUGGACAGUGUCAGAAGCAACGGUAAUGCCGCAACGGAACCAGUAACGGUUGUGGCAGCAGUAGCAGCUCCGGCGGAAUCCAUCGUGCCUGUCACAACUAAGGUUGAAGUAGUUGAACCCGCUGUACCGGAGGUGGAAGUGGUUAUCACCAACGGCAAUGCAACGGUCAAUGGGAACGGUGCAAUUGAAGAAACUACAGAGGCAGUCGAUGAAUUUGCGUAGGACAGCAAUAAUAGACAAUAGAAUGCCCAUACAGGGGCAGUUUCGUUCUGGAAAUGAAACAGAAAUAGUCAGAAAUUGUAGGAAAGAUUGUAUGCAGAAGAGAAUGAAGUAGUUAGUUAGGAUGUUUUUUUUUGUUUUAAACUGGGAUGAGAUAAUUUCGUUAUCUCAAACGAAUGCUUGGUUGCGUCCUACGCCAGUAUUGGAAUUAGAUUUGUUUCUGCCCUUUCGUUGACAGUUUCGUAUUUCUGUGGAACGAUAAAUCUGCAUAUUCGGGAAACGGAAGUGCUAACAAGUGGUGUACUGCCGUUGGACGCAUAAUUGUCACAUGUGACAUUUCGACGUUUUUGAUUUUUUGAUGCCAAUCGUCAUAAUUUGAUACGUAUUAUUGAAAUUCUUUGUCGAAACAUAAAGUUUAUUCUAGAAAUUUCAAGAAAAAAUCUAAGUCAAAUUGUCACACUGAGACGAAUGGACGCAUAUUUGUCACACUGAAGAGGCUCUUAUGAUAGGAGUAUAUUUCAGAGAACCACGGCAUUGAAGUCAACAAAAAUUGCGAAACUGUGGGUUGACAGCAAAGUAAUUUUGUGAUACUUUGAUCGCAUUUUUCUCGCUUUGCCUUUUUGUGACAAUUAUGCUUCCAACGGCAGUGUAGAGCCAAAUAAAAAAAAUGAACAGGCCCAUCAUUCUUCAACGUAAUAUUUUCUUGUCGUCUAUAUUACAUAAUAUUUAAGAUAAUGUUUUUGUAUUAUAUUUUUUCUUUUAUAGUUUAGUGUCGUACGCAUUUAACAGUUAAACAAUCGUAAAUUAAAAACAAAAUCCUGGCUUGAAAUAAGGAAUAACAGAGUUUAUUAUAUUGUAUUUGAAAUAUAAGUUCGAUCAUAUUACGAUUGCUAAAGUGGGAUUUGUUAUUUUGGCCUUUGAUCGAUUUCGUUAUCGUCUCCCUUAAAACAAACGCGUGUCAUUAUAUUGUUUUUUUUUCAUAUAUAUUACCUGGAUGAUGAAACGGGCAAGCGGUCGAGCGAGUGUGCCAAAACAAAAAAUUGAAAUCGAGUCCCAUUAAAUGGUUGCAAAUGAAAUAAAUUAUACAAAAAAUAAAACCAAUUUUAUGUGCAGAUUUGAAUCCGCGUGUGUUUGCGUGUUUGUGGGAUGCUUUGAGUUUUUCGGUUUUGUUUUCACCUUACAACUCAAUUGUUAUCCAAACCUUUCAAAUUACACUUGUUAUUAUGAUCAGCAUCAUCUUUCUAUUAAUGCACAUCGAUACACAAAUCUUAAUUUAUGAACAAUGAAGUAAAAAUUUGAAUUGACAAUAUUUUGCUUAUUGACAAGAAAUACUUCAGUCGAUCUUAUUUUUCUGAAACCAGGCACUAUUUAAAUUUAAAUUUUAAAAUAAAACCCCUGAUUCCAAGCGGGAAUUAAACGAUUGGAUUAUGUUUGUGUAAAAUAAUACCAUUAUUUGUGGAUAUAGGUUUGACCUAUCUUUAAUUGCUUAUACUGUCUAAUCAACAAGCUACCACCUAAACUAGAGAGAAAGAAAAGAACAAAAAAAACAGUAACAUGUAAGGCGUAGAUAUGUAAUAAUGGAAUUUAUCACUAUAAGCAUCGAAAAACGAUGAUGGUGAAAAUUGUCACAGCACUGGAAGAAAGGCUUGAAACAUUUUAAACCAAUUAGUAAUAACAUACAACCACCAGAAAUAUGUAAUCUAAAGUUUUGGAGAUAACAUUUACCAAAUAUAAGGAUAUAACCAACAAUGAAAGAAAUGGCGCAUUGCUUGCGUUGCACUUAACAAACAGCAAUUAAUACACCAAUAAAAUUUACAAUAGAGGCGAUAAUAAAAAAAAGAAGGAAUUUCGACAAGAGAUAAGAGAACGCAAGAUACAUACAUGUGACGUUGAAAGGCUCGCGGAUGUAGCUAUUAUAGCGCAUGACUUCACUGGUAUAUACAAACUAACAAAUUACUAAAAAGCAGCGAAUGAAAACCAGUAAUCUGGUGGGAAGCGUAAGGAACAAAUAACACUAUUAUUUGAUGAAAUGCUAGGUCCAUAGUUAUACAAGAACACAGAAAAGACACUACAUACAUAAGACAUAUGCCAAUGGAAAUGAUUAAUAAAGGGAUUAGAAACAGUAAA